ACCCUUCAUACCUGUUCUUGAUUUAUGGAUUAUUAAGUGGCUGUAACUAUGAUUUCUCCUGAGCAACAUGCUUAUUUUAUUCUUUACUUUGAAUCAGCACGUCGACACUAAAUGCUUCCUUUUUCUCUUCUAUCUACUUCUCUCAGCCUCACCUUUUCUUUUCUUUUUGUUAUGAAGAGCACUCAUUUUUCAUGUAUUUUUUAGCUUGUGUCUUAAUUCUGAAAUGGCUCUGAGUGUUGUUUUUCGGAUACCAUUUUGUGCAGAUAUAGAAGUAGCCUUGCUGCUUAUUUUGCACUCAGUUAGAUGCUUAUUUGUCUUGGUUUUAUGUUUUGAAUUGAGUUCUGAGAGGUCCAAGUAUUAAUCCUGGACUCUAGGGUUUCAUUAGUGGACGAGGUUAAAAUGGUUCGACGUUGUUGGACAUUUGUUACUUCUUCAAUUGUAAAUUCCACUGAAUGAUAGUUUGAAAAAAUUCAUUUCUUCUCCUCUACUGACAAUUUUCUUGUUUUGCACUUUAACUUAUACCACUAAAUGCAGUUAGAUUUCCUUUGAGGUUUCUUAGUUCUUCUCUUAUUGUCUUUAAUUUCACUCUCGUUUUCUGGCUACUAGCUAUUUCACUAUUGAUUAAUGUAUGCCACAAUUGGGUCUUUACUGUAACUCAGUACUCCAAACUGUCACUUUGGCAACUGCUUCAAGCCUUAGAUUGAUUUUUCAUGAAUCUUUGCUUGUGUUUUGCGUGCAAUUCUGAGCACCACUAUUUUACCACAGGCAAAAUGGAGGGUUUGUCUUAUUUUCAAGGAACAAGGACAUUGAACACACUGAGCGAUCAAACUGCCUGGGUUUUAUCUGUUUUUGCUGGCAUCCUCAUGUGCAAAAUUCAUACAUGCCGAAUGGAGGACCAUCAAAAGGUGCAUCCCAGAAGUUCAGCUUCAUACCUUACAAAGAACAUUUACGUGGAGAUGUUGGACUUCAUCAUCAGCUAAGGGAAGUUGAUGAUGCCGCAACAAAAACUUGAGACUAGUUUUUUUUCCAACUGGGGGAGUAUGAUGCAAACUGCAUCGAGACUUGUAUAUGAGAUUACAAAUCAAAUCAGCUUGCUUUUCUUCAAGGCAUAUGGCAAACUAAGGGAUUCACAGAAGAUUGAAUGGUGUAACCGGGGUAUCUCUACAGCGCAUGCAAUCAUUGUAUCCAUUGGCGCUUUAUAUCUCCUUCUAUUUUCAGAUCUCUUCCAGGAUCGUUCUCAUGAUGAUUUGAUUGUAUACAGGCAUUCGACUCUUUCUAAUAUGAUGUUAGGGGCAUCUAUUGGAUAUUUUCUGUCAGACCUCGGGAUGAUCCUUUGGCUCUACCCAACUUUAGGUGGUAAAGAGUACGUCCUACAUCACGGGCUGUCCAUGUUCUCUAUCAUUCUCUCUCUUGUUAGUGGUCAAGGGCAGAUAUACAUACUCAUGGUUCUCUUUUCUGAGAGUACUACUCCCUUUGUGAAUUUGAGAUGGUACUUGGAUGUUGCAGGACAGAAAAGUUUGAAACUUUAUCUUUGGAAUGGCUUUGCGUUAUUCCUUGGGUGGCUGGUUUGUAGGAUUCUUCUGUUUGUUUUCUUCUUCUGGCACAUGUACAUUCAUUUUGAUCAGGUAAAAAAGAUCUCCUCUCUUGGUUUCUAUAGCCUUCAUACAGUGCCCCCCAUUUUAGCUUUGAUGAAUGUUUUCUGGUUUUGGAAGAUCCUCAAGGGCUUAAUAAAAACCAUUUCCAAAUCAAGGCAUCAGAGCUGAUCUGAAAAGUGGAAAAUCCAUUUCGUUUGUAUCGGUGAUUCCAUCCAUUUAACAUGCCUUUUGGCUUUUGGAAUUCCAAUAAUAUUGGCACUGUGAAUAUGAUCAUGCAGAGAGUAGUUUUUUUUUUAUUGAAACCGUGCAGAGAGUAGUUGUUUCUAGGAGAAAAGAAAACGACUGAGAAAAAAGAAUAGGAGAAAAAAUUCCGACGCUGUGAACUGCAGCAAGAUCAAGAGAUUUCGAGCUUGCUAUUGAGAGCUCCAUAGCUCUAGGGGUGUGUGUAGGUGUGUGCUCCUUUUUUGGGUUAAAAACUCGGUUGGUGUGCGGCUAAGCUGUACUCUUAAUAUUGCCUGAAUUUUGUUUUAGAAAAUAGAAAGAUUGGUCAUUCCCUUUCA